CUUUGUUACGAGUCGGAAAAUUAAAAAAAAAAAACUGUCUUUUUCCUCCAAAGCAAGAACGAUCCUUUUCCUCUCUUCUCUUCUCUUCUUGAAAUUUUCCGCGGAAAAAAAUCUCAAAACUUUAUCACAAUCAGAUCUUUCAAAUCGAGCUGAGUUUAAUUGAGAGAGGCUUUAGGGUUUCUUUGUUUUUUUAAAUAGAUUAAAAAUGUUGGUGCAGAGGAGAGUAAUGAGCUGGAGAAGAGUUUGGAAGUCGUUUCAAGCGGUUCUUGCUCAUGCUCUUCUCUUCUCCUUCACCCUUCUUCUCGCUCUCAAGCUUGAUCAUCUCCUUUCUCACUCUUGGUGGUUUGUAUUUACACCGUUGUGGCUGUUUCAUGCUGUGAUAGCUCGUGGUAGAUUCUCGUUACCUGCUCCUUCUAUGCCUCAUGAUCGGCAUUGGGCUCCUUUUCAUUCAGUAAUGGCGACUCCACUCCUUGUUGCGUUUGAGAUUCUCCUCUGUGUUCAUCUUGAAGAUCAAUAUGUUGUUGAUUUGAAGAUUGUCUUCUUACCUUUGCUUGCAUUCGAGGUAGCGAUUUUGGUAGAUAAUGUCAGGUAUUUCAUCGAUAUUAUAAGAAUGUGUAGGACACUCAUGCCUGGAGAUGAAGAAACUAUGAGUGAUGAAGCCAUCUGGGAAACACUCCCUCACUUUUGGGUUUCCAUAUCUAUGGUUUUCUUCAUCGCCGCCACAACCUUCACUCUCCUUAAACUAUGUGGUGAUGUAGCUGCGUUGGGAUGGUGGGACUUAUUUAUAAACUUCGGAAUAGCAGAGUGCUUUGCGUUUCUCGUUUGCACAAAAUGGAGCAACCAGUCAAUCCACAGGUACACACACGUACCGGAACCUAGCUCAUCUUCGAUGGCUGUAAGAUAUCUUGACUGGAACAGAGGUUUAGUCGUGACCGCCGACGAAGAGAAUCAGCAGAGUAAUAGAAUCUGCGGUCUCCAAGACAUCGGUGGACAUGUAAUGAAGAUCCCUUUCGUUACUUUCCAGAUCAUCCUUUUCAUGCGCUUAGAGGGAACGCCUCCUUCUGCCAAGAACAUUCCUGUUUUAGUUCUGUUUGUGCCUUUGUUUCUGCUGCAAGGAGCUGGGGUGGUGUUUGCUACGUAUAGGCUGGUGGAGAAGUCUGUCUUGUUGGUGACUAGUGGUGGUGGUGGUUCUUAUGGAAGAUACUUUACUGCCACGUCAUCGGCUCGUGAGUUCUUGGGGUUCUUUCAACAUGGUGCAAGAUUGCUUGGGUGGUGGUCUAUCGAUGAAGGAAGCCGAGAGGAACAAGCUAGGCUCUACUCUGGAGAAGCUACUGGAUACAACACAUUCUCACCAGAGGUUGUGAAGAAGAUGCCAAAGUCUGAUCUAGUUGAAGAGAUAUGGAGACUACAAGCUGCGUUGAGUGAGCAAACAGAUAUCACUACUUAUAGCCAGCAAGAGUACGAGAAGCUUCAAAACGAGAAGAUUCUUUGCAGAGUUUGUUUUGAAGAUCCCAUCAACGUUGUUCUACUCCCUUGUAGACAUCACGUCCUCUGCAGCACGUGCUGUGAGAAAUGCAAGAAGUGUCCGAUAUGCCGUGUCCUGAUUGAGGAACGCAUGCCUGUAUACGAUGUGUAGAUUUUUUAGACGACCAUAAAUGAAGAUAUGUACACAUUCUUCUUCUUUAUUCCGGUUCGUUGCUCGUUUGUUUUUUCUGUUUUUAGUGAUGAAGCAAGCAUUUAUAAAUAAUAUAUAUAUGUAACACCUUGGAAUUUGAUUGUUUUUUCUACCUAAUGUAGAUAAAAAUAUUGUAAACCA